AUGCAAGGGCUUCGAUACCGCCCAGAUCUUCUUAAUGGUGUUGCCGAAGUGCUCACUAAUGAACUCAAGCAAUAUGAAGGAUGGUUCUUGCUCGAGCCGCCCGUAUUGAAGGUGAUCUCAGAUCAAUUUGCCCAGCAGCUGGAGAAAGGGCUUACCGUUGAGGAUACUGACUGGGUUAUCGGCGUCAUGAAGCCCAUGAACAUCACAUGGAUCAUGAAAUACCCGACAGGCAAUGAAAAAGGACGCAUUCUCACAGUUGACCUGGGAGGAACCAAUAUCCGUGUAUGUGAUGUCUGUCUUUCCGUGGGGAAGCGAGACUUCGAGCAACGUCAACGGAAAUACAAGCUUCCGGAAGAAGUCAAGACAAGCACAAAAGAAGUCCUGUGGGGCUUUAUUGCGGACCGAAUCGAAUCCUUCCUCCGUGAAAAUCACUGUGAAAUGAGUGCUUCAAAUCCUCUGCCGAUGGCGUUCACAUUCUCAUUCCCAGUGGAGCAAAAGUCUAUCCGUAGUGGGAUUUUGCAGCGCUGGACCAAAAACUUCAGUGUCUCUGGAGUGGUAGGGCAUGAUGUAGUACCCCAGCUGGAAGAGGCACUUGCAAAGAAGAACGUCCCAGUGAAAGUGGUCGCCCUCAUCAACGACACGGCGGGGACCCUUGUCGCAUCACAUUACCGGGAUCCGCAGGUAAAGAUUGGUAGCAUUUUCAGUACUGGCUGUAAUGCAGCAUACAUGGAAGAAUGCCGGGAUAUCCCCAAGCUACGUGAUUCAGGACUGCCCGAAGGUGCAACUGUGAUCAUCAACACCGAGUACGGCGCCUUUGAUAACGAAGGCAAGGUGCUGCCCUUGACUCCCUUUGACCGCCAAAUUGACGCGGAGUCCGCCCAUCCAGGCACGCAGAUCUAUGAGAAGAUGGUGGCUGGUCUGUACAUAGGAGAGAUGCUGCGUCUGGUAAUGCUGAAAAUGCACGAGAAAGGUAUACUCUUCAAGGGCCAAGAUGUCUCGCGACUUCGGACCGCCAACUCAUUGGAGACAUCGUUUCUGUCUACUGUCGAGAUGGAUAUUUCAGACAGUCUAACCGACAUGAAAGAGGAGUUCAAGGAGAGCCUCAAUCUGGAACUUUCGCUGGACGAGCUGAAGGCAUGCCGUCAUCUUAUCGGCCUUAUCGCGAUGCGUGCAGCGCGUCUCUACGCGUGUGGAAUUGCGGCCAUCUGCAAGAAAAAGGGGAUUCGUCAGUGCCACGUUGGGGUUGAUGGCUCAGUAUUCAGUAAAUAUAGUAUGCUCAAGGGACGGGCAGUCCAGGGCCUUCGUGAUAUUUUUGAUUGGGAGCCAGGCAGAUUGGACUUAAUUGCUCUGAACUCGGCCGAGGAUGGGUCUGGAGUAGGAGCAGCUUUGGUUGCAAGUUUGUCUCUUGAGCCGAGUGAAUUAGCAGAAUGUAACACGGAGGAAUAUAUGUAA